CAGACUGCGGUGGAACCGAAUAAUAAAAGUGUCCGAUUUCCUCGUCGGGAUUGGGAUUUGGAUUGUGUUAACGUCGGUGUUCGGUUCACGUCUAGUCAUUAAUGAGAUAAGUGCAGUUCUCUGAUAAGCGCUUGUUCAAUAAUCGAUGCAAGUUUGUGGUAGAUCGUAGCCGAAUCUGAAAUCGUCACGUACCCCUGCAUCGGCAUUCGGGUGGCAGCUCUUCUAUUUUGUAGUGAAAGUAGUCUUCAAACCAUCUAUCCGUGAUGGGUCUCCUACGCGUAACCCGUACGAGAAUAAUCAACUUCCUAGGGUUCUUUUUUCUGAUCGUGCUAUUGCCAGGCCUUCCGCCUAAGACGACCUUUCCUUUCGAAGGAUUUAGUUUUGCUAAGCCACGCGAACUCAAGGGAGCGCUAGAACCGACGAAUCAUCUUGACAAUGCAGAAAGAUUGUUCGAAGGCAAAAUCUACGGCCCCGAAGCAUUGCUCGUCAGGGGAAAAGAUCUCUUUACAACGAUUCAUGGCGGUGAAGUAAUUCGUAUUAACGGUGACCACAUUACGCACAUUGCCAAGUUUGGAAAGCCGUGUGAACUAUCGUUUGAGGAAGAAACAUGUGGCCGUCCGUUGGGUCUUGCUUUCGAUACGAAAGGCUCAAACCUCAUUGUAGGUGAUGCGUACUAUGGCAUUUGGUUGGUCGACCUGACAAACGGCAACAAAGAACUUCUCGUUUCGCCGGAUACGAUGCUAGAGGGCAAAGGAGUGAACCGAAAGGCCAAAUUCUUUAACAGUGUGGUGGUGGCACGCAAUGGAGAUAUUUUCUGGACGGACUCUUCUUCAGAUUUCACGCUCCAAGACGGCGUGUUUGCCGUAUUUGCGAAUCCAUCUGGGCGCUUAUUUAAGUACGAUCGUGCUACCGGCAAAAACAAGGUGCUACUCGAUCGACUGUACUUUGCGAACGGUGUCGCCUUAAGUCCCGAUGAAGAAUUUGUGCUGGUUGCCGAAACCAUGGCCUCCCAGAUUCGUCGUUACUAUCUGAAGGGUCCGAAAGCUGGUACGGAUGAUAUCUUUAUCGAUGGCUUGCCGGGUAUGAUCGAUAAUCUGAUCUCGGACGCCGAAGGUAUUUGGGCACCACUAAUCCAAGCGGCCGACAACGAGAAUCCAUCGAUCACCCAAAUGAUGUCGUCGGUUCCGCUGAUCCGUAAGUUUAUCAUUCGUAUGCUUGCCUUGGCCGAGCUGCCGAUGCGAUUGAUCCAUCAAGUGGUGCCAAAUGUACACACGCAGCGCCUUAUUCACGCCAUCGGACACUUCGAGUCGAUGAGCUUCCUAACGCCGAGUCGUCAGACUUUGGUCAAAAUUGGUUGGACUGGUCGAAUCCUUGGUUCGUUGCACGGUUUUGAUGGAACUGUUGGUAGCGUGUCACACGUGGCUGAAAUGGGCGAUUAUCUGUAUCUGGGUUCUCCGUACAACAAGUUCCUGGCGCGCGUUCCACUGCCAAAGAUUCCCAAGGUUGAAGUACGCGACGUUAAGUACAAGCCGGCCACUGAAACAACAGUUCCGCCGAAGGCAACAACGACUACUACUACCACGACCCCUAAACCAGUGACGACGACGACCACCACGCCAAAGCCAACCACUACUACGCCUAAACCAACAACAACGACUACUACCCCAAAACCGGCGACGACAACGACGACCACCACCCCGAAACCGGCAACGACAACGACAACUACCACCCCGAAACCAGCAACGACUACUACGACCCCGAAACCGGCAACGUCUACUACUACAACACCUAAGCCAACUACGACCACCACUCCGAAGCCGAAAACCACUGCCACACCAAAGGCUCAAAAACCCACGGAAACUCCCAAGCCAUCAACUGAGGUUCCGGCAGUAGAGAAAAAGAAAGAGACUAAACCCUCCGCACAAUCUACGAAGCCAUCCACGGAAAAACCAGCCACCGAGAAGCCGGUGGAUCCGGCACCGAUUCACGAAAAGAUUCCCAAUGACACUCCGAAACCGAAGGAGGAAAAAUUAAAAGUGAUUAAGAAGGGUGGUGAGCAUGGCGAGCUGUAAGCAGUAGCACCGGGUCCAUCCAAUGACCGGAUCAUAGAAAACAUGCACAACACGGGUAGAAAUAUCACUUCAACAGCAAAACAAAAAAUUUAGCGUACGAAUUCCUCUUAGUAUCGCGCAACAAUUAGACCAUAAGCUUUGGAAGGCUGCUGUGGCGCGAUCGAACGAAGCGAUAGGGUUCCAUCAGGGAGAUGGAAAGCCCAUUUAAGAUAGAGAUAUCAGUGCAGCUUAUGUGAAACAUUCUUGUUAAAUUCAUUCCAUGAGUGAUGUGUGUUUUAUACUUUUAUGUUUUUCAGAUUUAAUUUUCUCAUUAUCGUCUCAGUGAAAGUUAGGUGAUUUAGAAACAUUCUUUCUUCGUAUGCAUACAUUCUAUACAUUGUGAAUUUUCAUAGAUGGAUUCCAAUUGUGAAAGGUGUGCUCGAGAAGGGACCUCACUUCCGCCGUUUUUCCUGCGUGGAAAACUGGCAGCGAUCGGUGAAAAUGGGAACCAACUCGAGCCUACCGGUCCUUGUAAGGGUUGCUAGAAAUGAACUUGUUUUUCGACUGAUUGGACUACUGGAAACUGAUACUCUUUAUAUAUUUAUUUUCGGUUGAAUGUUUCGAAAUUAUGUUUACUGGACCGGGGUCCCGAAGGAGAAGGAAAAAUAUAUUUCGUUUGCUUGGGUAAAUGGAGCGCAUUCGGUAAUUUCAGUGAAAGAAAGCAAUAAGUCGAAGUAAUACAUUUGAAUUGCAACAGACAAGAAAAUGUGCAAGGCAAGGAUUUUAAAUUUUUAUUUUUUCUUUUCUU